AUGACGAAGCAAAACGGAAGUUGGUUAUGCAGCAAUCAAGGAUUACUUGUGCCAAAGCUUGUAUGGCUUCGGUUACGCUCUAAAUCAGGCUUACACCAACCGGGUCAAAAAACGCAGGCCGUUUUUUGGGUUGUUAGCGUUUUUGCGGCCAUGGCCGAUCCGGAUACGCUGCAGGAGGAUAUUACCAGGGAGAGACAGUGGUGUGAAAAAUCUGAUUCUCGCAAUCCAGAAAGUGCCGAAUCAACUAGUAAAAUUAACGAGCAAGCAACAGGGCACACCGUUCACCAGCUUGAGGCCGGAACUCAAUUCCGGCAAAAUGGUUUUAUUAUUAUCUUUUUUCGACAGGUG